AUGCAGGAGCAGCAGAAGCAGCAGCACCAGCACCAGCAGCAGAAGCAGCAGCAGCACCAGCAGCAGCAGCAGCAGCAGCAGCAGCAAUGGAUGCAUGCGUGUGGCUGCUCAUCAAUGGUGAAGCAGCUCGUGCUGCGUCUCCCUCGCCCAGCAGCAGCAGCAGCAGCAACAGCAGCAACAGCAGCAGCAGCAGCAGCAGCAGGAACUAACAACCCGUUGCCCCCCUCCCCAUCAUCAUCAUCCUCAUCAUCAUCAACCCGACCACCAUCACCAUCAGCAACAGCAGCAGCAGCAGCAGCAGCAGCAGCAGCAGCAGCAGGCAGCAGCAGCUACGAGGAGCGUUGUGUAGAGCUGCCGUGGCGCUUCGCCCGCAGCGAGAAACGGCUCCGCCGCUUCGUGUCUUCUCUUUUUGCUGUUGCUGCUGCUGAUAUACUCAGCCUCAAAACUGAACAAGGGUUUUCGCUGCCUCUGCAUUGGGACGCACUGAAGACAGGCGGGUGUUACUACUUAGACAUACGCGCGCAGCAGCCUGCUGCUGCUGCUGCUGCUGCUCCUGCUGCUGCUCCUGCUGCUGCUGCUGCUGAUUCUGCUGCUGCAACUGCGGCCAAGCCGACUGCUGCUGAGGAGACUCCAGCAGCAGCAGCAACAGCAGCAGCAGCAGCAGCAGCAGCAAGAUUUCCGCAGGAGCAGCAGAACAGGCCAGAGACAAGGCAGCAGCAGCAGCAGCAACAACAGCAGCCGCAGCAGCAGCAGCAGCGACAGCAACAGCAGCAGCAAGUUCUGCGGCAGUGCUUGAAACGGGAGCCUGACGAACAACAGCAGCAGCUGCAGCAGCAGCAGCAGAUGCUGCUGCUGCAGCAGCAGCGGCAGGAGGCGAAGCGUGAAGAACAUCAGCAACAGCAGCAGAAGCAACAGCAGCAGCUGCUGCUGCAGCAACAGCGGCAGGAGGCGAAGCGUGAAGAACAUCAGCAACAGCAGCAGCUGCAACGGCAGCAGCAGCAACCGCAACAGCAGCAGCAGCAACAACAACAGCAGCAACAGCAGCAGCAGCAACAGCAGCAGCAGCGUAGCCGCCAGGAGGCUGAUGUAAGUCAAAGGCUGCCUCCCCCAGCCAGUGCGAGCCUGCCGCGCGUUGCUGCUGCUGCUGCUGCUCCUACUGCUGCUGCUACUCCUGCUGCUGCUGCUGCUCCUGCUGCUGCUGCUGCUGCUGCUGAAGACAGCAUAGAGCCCGUGGAUGCCCCUACCAGCUCGGCUCCGCCAGCAGCAGCGGCACCGUCACCAGGUGCAGCAGCAUCAGGAGCAGCAGAAGCAGGAGCAAGCAGCAACAGCAGCAGCAGCAACAGCAGCAGCAGCAACAGCAGCAGCAGCAACAGCAGCAGCAGCAUAGCCGCCAGGAGGCUGAUGUAA